UCGAACGGUCCAAGUGAAAGAACAACAAUGUGUCUGGAAGUCCCACAGACGAACAUAAAAUACGUCAGUGGCCAUACCUGACAAUAUUGGCUAUAAUAGUCUUGUGUGUGCAAAUGAUUAUGCGCAACGCAACAACAAGCGGGUAGAAUAUUCGACAGGCAUGUGGGCAGGUAUACCCACACUAUCCAGUAAGUGAAUUAAUUUCAAUGUGCAUUAGUGCAUUGUUCGAUUUAAAUGUUUUCAACAAUCGUUCUGCGUCACUGACUAGAGCCUACCGAUGAUGGUACAAAUUUAUUGCUGGUUUUGUUGGUGAGGAAAGCAAACAUCAGUUUAAGAUAUAGCUACUACAAGACUCAAGUAUCCAGAGUAAAGCUGGCAUGAAGGAGGCCGGCAUAUAGUAUUGUUAUAGUGUGGACUCGGACUGAAACAAAAGAUGGACCAACCUAAGGCAGCCGAUAAGAUACCCUUAAUGCUGGAGGAGCAUGCGUCGUACGGGGACAGGGACGCCACACCUCCUGACAAUGGUGACCAAGAUGACCAAGAGGAACCGAAGGGACUCACUUUUUGGCAGACAUUUUUCGCUGGAUCUGGAAUUAUUUCUGGCUUCAGUGUCACGGUGUUGAUGACAGUAAUUAUUUACACAGGUUGGUUAUUGGGUAUCACGAUUUACGUCGUGGUGGUGCUGCUGCUGACCUACACGGGAACUUUACUGGGGAAUUGCUGGGAGAUGAUCGGGAAAAAUUGCCGCGAUGACCGGCAUCCUUAUGGAGCCAUCGCAGAUCAGGCAUGCGGUAAAAUAGCAAGGAUGGCAAUCAACACAGUAGUGGAUCUCAACAUUUUCACCGCCAAUGUCAUGAUGCUUCUUAUAAUCCCUGAUCUCUUGUACAUCAUCGCGGGGCCCUCUGUCCACGGAACCUUCUGCUAUUGGCCGCUGGCCUUUGGACUUAUUGUGCUGCCGUUCAUGUGGCUCGGCGCACUCAAAGACUUAUGGCAACUCGGUGCAAUAAGUUAUUUGGGCUGUUGCCUCGCUAUGGUCUUCCUACUGAUCAACGGUGCCCGGCAGAUUCCCAAGUCGCUGGGCUGGCGGCAGCAUCCUUUCAACCAGUGGAACGUCUCACUGGACACCAGGGACAACGACCCGCCCUCGUUCUACCUGGGCUGGCUGGUGUCGCUGGUGUUCUCCACGUCGCUCUUCAUGGUGUCCUUUCAUUUUGCCAUACCAAGCAUCCAACGGGGCAUGCAUCGGCCCCAAACUUUCAACAAAUGCCUGGUUACCAUCUACUCAGUGUUCAGUUUGAUAAGCAUCCCAACCCUCCUUGUAGUCUUCUUUGGCUUCGGUCAUCUCUUCGCGAAUUUCAAGGACAGCGGAGUCAGCAUCCUGUACAUCAUGCCCAGAGAUGACAUGGUCAUCACUCCUGCGUUCUUACUGCUGGUUAAUAGUCUAAUGCUCAUGGUUCCCGCUAGCAAUCCGCUCUUUCAACACUAUGAGGAGAUACUCAAUAUCCCUGAAGAAUGCGGGUGGAAGCGCCUGGUGUUCCGAACUCUCGUCGUUCUCCUGGAGAUAUUCUUUGCCGAGACGAUACCUCAGUUCUCUGUCUUCAUUGCCAUUCUCUCGGGACUGUUCAUCCCGCCUCUGACGUUUCUCGCGCCGGCGCUAUUCUACCUGAGACUUAGGACCAUGCACAGGGCAGACAGUUCAUCAACUCGUCCAUUUCACCAUAUGUGUGAGACCGUGGCCUGUGUGGUCUUGAUAGUCGCUUCUCCAGUCGUCAUGGUUCUCACCAUUGUCAUAACCUCGGAGGCCAUUGCAGACGGUGAUACACUGUUUGUGGCGCCAUGUUACGUCGACCCGAAAGCAGCUCACGUGUAAUGAAAACGCGGGUGGAUGGGGGUCAAUAAACCCCAAAAGAAAAAUGCUUAAGUUUUGAAAAAUGAUGAGAAACAGAUCGAUUGUGGGAACCAUUUCACUUGCCAUCCUUCCAAAAGCAUGUAAAAGUCUCAUCCAUCAGAAAGGCCAUAAAAAGGUUAAAUGAAAGAAAUUCACAAAUGUUUUAGCAACCCCAGGCCCUAACCCCCAAAAUGCAUUGCCCUGAAUCUGCCUUUGAGUGGAGAGGCAGGGUAACUUUUAGCUCUUUGAAACAGGUACCUUUGAUUGUUGUGCUGAACACGCCAGUCUGACGAUAACAGGUCAGUGAUUGCUUUGUGUGGCCAGAAAAUUUCGUAGGCUUAUUCAGCCUACUCUAAUUUGGGCACCAGCAGCAAUUUCAUUGCGGUUGGAGUUAGUGCUUGAGUCUCGCAUUUCCUUUUGAUGCUCGUUUGAAGUUUUAUCUCAAACUAAAAUUCUACGAGAGACUCUCGAAAUUUGAAAAGCGCAUUUUAUAGGCAGACUGUGACUGUGUUUCCAUUAUAGGCCCUAAAUGUUUCUUUUAACCCGAAUUUUUCGUAGGCCUGAGAAACAGUGUAAAAAACUGGUCCUACUGGAUAAUCCAGUGUUUGUUUGAGCGUUAUAGUGCACAAAAAUAGGGCUCCAAAUUUCAUGUGAAGUUAGGAAAUUGUUUCAACCCGAGUUGGCAGUUUUCUCUCAUAACACCACCCUCUUGAUGGGCUCGUAACAAUUAUCAAUGUAAACCGUCUGAGGUGUUCAUGAAUAUAAUACAUUAAACAAUACAUAAUUGCAUCUUUCAGCCUGCAUAUUUUUUUUACAAUAAAACAGAAACUAUCCGAUUUCCUUCCAAAAUUUAAACCAACGUAAGUAAAACUUUAGCCAUUAAAGUAAAGUUAAAUAAAUGACAUUCUCAAGAUGUACCUGCACAAUAAACGGCAUUAGCAUUGUAUUAUUUGCAAUUCCAUUUUGGUCGAAGCAUCGACCUGUAACAUAUCUUUAUGUUAUUUAAUAUGUACUUUAUAAUAACAUAUAAUGCAAUUUCAGGUAAAGUAAUAUUCUAAUAUGUAUCCGUCAGUCAUCUGCAUUAACGAGAACUUUAUUCUAUAAUGCAUGUUUGAAAAUCGCAGAAUUAAGAAACCACAUACCAAGCCUAUUUUUCAGAAUAUUAAGCCGGGCACAAUAUUGGGUGUCGCCUGCAAAGCAGUUUUAUGCAACAGACAGUAGCCAGCGUAUAGCAGCGAUCGUGAGCUAUAGUGUCAUUUGCCUAGUUGAAGUCUGGCCGUCACAGAAGGAGGCCACUAUUUGAAGGGGGGGGGGGAAUUCUCCCAAUUUGUAUAACCACAUACUGCCCUUUCAUUGGCAUUCUACAAAAAGGAACAAAAACUAAUAAAUCUUAGGACUGCCUGAAAAACAAGCAGUGCAUUUAAUGGACAACCCGCAAGAACCGGUGUUGCACGGAAAAUUUGUAAUAAAGAUAUGAAUAACUAUCGAAUUUAAAAAUCACGAGAAACAAAAGGUGGAAUCACUUCUACAAACCCCACCCUCUGCCCUGAAACCGCAAUCGUGAAUGUCAAAUCUUUUCAAAAGCUUUUGGGAGAUUAUUUCUAAUUACAAAAACUGUACUCUAUGCCAGCACCAGAGAUUGAAUGAGCAGAUACCUGAGAAAUAUUCGGAAGAAAAAUGUCACUUUAUGAUUAAAUGGCUUGUUCAUUCCCCUUUAGGAUCAUUUAUAAAAUGAUCGACUUGUCUGUCAUCACCUCUUAUGAUACAAGGAUGUCGAGAAGUUAACUGAUGCACAAAUCAUUCCAAAACAUUCGAGAGCAGCCUCAUUUACUGGUCGCCACAAAAUGAAUAUCCUAUGGCCAGUUGCCAUGCAUCUUCUUACGAGUAAGUAUCGCAUGCAAUACCUACCAGCAGAAACUUGUCUCAUUCUCGGCGAAGUAAAAAUAAAGUGCUCAAAUAACUGAACCGGAUGGCCACAAUUUACCACUACAAUAAAGGUGGAUUUUGAGUUAACAGUCGAAGGCUUAGAAUGUACUCGUCAUAAGGAGGGUAACAUGGCCUUAAUUGCUUUACAAUGCUAAUGACUAACUAAGUAAUUCGCACACGGAUUUAUCUGCCAUGGAGAGGAUCCGGAACCGAUAAAAGCAGUGCAGUUAUGGUGACAAAAGGAAAUUUGCUCGCCAGAUGACCCAUUUACUCUUAUUCAAGACUUUCAAAAAGUUGGGUGAUAAUUACAGUCUCUACUCUUGAAUGAUCUUGUUCUCGAGUAGCGUUUUGAAAAACAUUAGGUCUUAGGUAUGUAAGAGAGGCCUCUUCAGUAUAUUCCGCUUUGCAUUCCAUAGACGUAUCCUGACUUUUAAAUAACGCAGGUAACCACAAGAUUUAUCAAGCAUUUUUACCAUGGCUUCAGGUCACCUUUGUCAGAAGGAUCAGAUUCCCGUUUUUCUAGGGUGGCAUGGUGAUUUUGGAUAGUGUACCAUUGUGACAAAAUUCGUGAUUUCGGGGCAGCACAUUUUAUUCUCGAGCUGACAACAUAAGUCUAAUUAACUCGCAAAAUAUACUUAAGAAUUGACUGCUGUGAUGUUGGAUAGGAUGUUUUUACAACCAAGGGACUCAUAGCACCCAAGGCGAAGCUGAGAGCGCUGCGUUUCCCGAGGGUGUUUGGAAAUCACACCCCACAGUCACAAAUCGCACGCGUCUUGCUCGAAAGAGAUAUCUUCACGUCCUAAAAAAGUUUAAGAACGUUAUGAGUAAAGGAACUUCGAACAUAGAUUCAGUGCGGAAUAACUUUGGCAAACAUAAGUUUUCCACCAACAGUCGAUCGCAACGUACAUGUAUAUACGCAUACUAGUUCGCUACAGAGUACCACUAUUAAACGUACACGACCUGUUUGUGGUGUGUGAUUCGAUGGCCCUCUUGCAUUGACUCUAACACAAACCGAGGCUGCUCUGAGCCCAGCAAGCGCUGUAACAAUUGUGAAUGGACUGGAACUCUUGAGUCCUAAAGAAAAUACCACUAGUAGCAAGCACCUGCAUCACAAAUAGAAAGGGUUCAACAGACACCCUAAGGAAUGCCACACAAAUAGUGAUCUCUAUGGACGUGGUAUUUUCACACGGAGUGGAAUAGUCGCGGACCAGCUUAUAAAAGCCAUUUUAUAUUGAGAAUAAUAGGUAUUAUUUCCACCUCCCACAAAAAGUGGGUCACCUUGUUAUUUGGCUAUAA